UGUUUGUUUACGCAGUUUACUUAGUGUGCGCGCAUGUUGGUAGAAGCAAUCAUUCGGCAUGGUACGCGGUCAGGUGUCAGAAGAACAUGGACUUCUGUAACAUUGCCCAAAAGCGCAACAGUAAAUGACUUUCAUCCUAAGAGUCGCUCCACCUCGCCAGCUUAAAGUCGAAGUAGAAGAAAAAAUGUUGAGUUCCAUAAGAAGAUGAGUCAUCAUAAGAUGUCGACUGCCUGAUGCCAUUUAACUAACAGGUGGUCCGGUUGCACAUGAAUGCCUGUGUGGUAUGCGAACCCCGUUUUUCGGUGCAACGUCUGGUCGCUCGCGUCAUUACAACCUAUUGUCACCACAACAUGCCCUAAGAUGGUUGAAAAACGGGCACAAGUCAGAUCGCCUUCGCUAUCACGGGUUCGGAGCUCAAUGGUACGCUUCAAUCAGUCUUCGUGUCAACAAUGUGUCCGCAUAUAACACGAAGUUUCUAUUACCAUGAACUGCAUUAUGUGCGAAUGAGAGUAGUGCUGUACGGGUUGUGACAUUUCGCUGAAUAAAACUUACUGAUUUGUGGAUAAUUUGGGGUGGUGUUUUACUCUGUCCAGUGCAGUUUGAUUUGAGUGAUAUCUUGAGAGGUUCCUCUUCUACGUCGACCGGAGAUUUGGUCAGGGAGAUCUUGAGUCUGCUGCUAAGCGCUUAUCCGAAGGCAGUUCGCGUAUGGAGGAGAGCGUCUCUUGCUUUGGUUGUUCAUAGUGGUGUAAGUCUCGGAGAUAUGUCGGCAACGUGGUACCGCCUGUUUGUGCCUGCUAGACUUCAUUCAGAUUGUUGUUAGGAGCUGCGGACUACAUGCCUGUGUUAACUCUUUCGGUAAGCAUCUGUGCUUGUCUAAGGUUCUAGGUGAUCGUUGGAGAGCUAGUGAUUGCACGUGGGGCCAUUCGAAUGUUUGGUCUUCUAUUAUGGGGUUGCACAAUCAAGCCUCACUGACAGGCCCUUGAACGUCCGACCAACCAGUUACUAUGUCUGGCGUGACGAACUCGAUACAGGGGAUGAGAUCUUCUGACGGUUGUCUGCUCUUAACGACAAGCAUUCAACCAAGGUUAUCCAAUUAUCUGCGCGACUAUAGCUGUGUAUGACUAAUCUGGACGCCUUCGAGUCCGUCACCGUCGAGAAUGCGAAGAAUGAGCUGAGAAAAGUCAUUUUCGUGUACAAUUAGUCGAUCGCCCCCAAAUAGUCCCUUCCUAGUGUCUUACCCUUUAGGAAUAAUGGUCGUUGAUCCUAGAAGUAUGUUACUCACUGGCUAGAAACAGUAAUUUCGUCGAGUAUUCCUUUCUUUGUUGUUCACUAGUGGGUAAAUGUGAAUUGUAAUAGCCGAGGGCAUGAGGUAGAUUAAAU